AUGGCAAAUCAUGGAAAACUAGAAAAAUAUGACUCACAAGAGGAAUGGAGUCAGUAUAUUGAGCGGUUGGAAUUUUAUUUCGAAACAAAUGGCGUGGACGACGGAGAUAAACAGCGAGCGAUAUUAUUGAGUGUUUGUGGUAGCAAGACGUAUAAGUUGAUUCGGAACUUAACCACACCAGGAAACCGUCAGAGAAGACGUUUGCAGAGCUAGUAGAACUUGUACAACAACAUCAACACCCCAAACCGUCGGCAAUAGUGCAACGAUUCAAGUUUAAUACUCGGUUCCGGAAACCUGGUGAGUCAAUUGCUUCGUAUGUAGCUGAAUUAAGAAGUCUUUCAGAACAUUGUGAUUUCAAGAGUACCUUAGAAGAGAUGUUACGUGAUCGGUUGGUGUGUGGAAUAAAUGACGAACAGAUUCAGCGUAGAUUGUUAGCAGAAAGUUCUCUCGACUUUAAGAAAGCCAUGAAAAUAGUUACAUCAAUGGAGACUGCAGUAAAGAAUGCACGAGAUUUAACACAUCAGAUGGCCAAUGCAAAUAUAAAUACUGAGAAACCUACUACAUUACACCGUGUGGACAACCAAAGACAAGGAAACCAACCAUGGUCAAAGCCUGAAUGUGGUCGGUGUGAGGGUAAACAUGACCCUCAAUAAUGCAAAUUUCGUGAUGCUGAGUGUUUCCUGUGCCACAAGAAAGGACGCAUAGCAAGAAAAUGUCGAAGCUACACUAAGGCGACUGGAAAAAAUCAACGAAACGACAACCCUAACUCAGGCACUAGCAGCAACUAUUUAAACAUUAAGGAUGACGAGAUUGAAGAGGAAGAGGACAACUAUGGGAUUUUUAGUCUGGGCAAAGAGCAAGCUGACCCAUAUGUUGUUGAUGUACUGGUGAGCAAUGAAAGUCUAAAGAUGGAAGUAGAUACUGGUGCUGCAGUUAAUGUAAUGAAUGAGGAUACAUAUACAUUAUUGAAGAAAAACUCCCAAACAUAGAGGUGAACGAAUCAUAAGGAAGACUAAAUACCUAUACGGGGGAGCAAGUUAAAGUGUUGGGUCAGGUGGAGACGUCGGUGAAGUAUGAAGAGCAAGAAGGCGUAUGGCCUUCACUAGUCAUUACGGGGAAGGGCCCUAACUUGAUUGGCAGAAAUUGACUUCAAAAGAUUAAAAUAAAUUGGAAGAAUUUAUUUCAGUUAAAAGAAGACAAGAAUACCUCAGUCAAAGUUAAUAAGUUACUUGAGAAGUAUGAGGAAGUAUUUCAUGAAGAGUUAAGAACAUUUUCUGGUCCCAAAGCCAAAAUAUAUGUGGCUGAUGAUGCAAGUCCAAAGUAUUGCAAGGCAAGACCUGUUUCCUAUGCAUUGAGGGAAAAAGUAGUAAAGGAGUUAGACAGAUUGCAAGAAGAGGGCUACUAA